AGUUCUAGCGAAGACCUGCUUUCAGCUCUCUUUUCGCGUGUGCAAGAUUGUUCGCCAUUUGUGUGUUUGCCAGUGACUACAUUUUUUCCUCGGAAAAUUCCUUCGCUAAAUCCCCGAAAAGUUCAUCAAAACCGUCGCGACAGCAAUGCCGAAGAAUAAAGGAAAGGGAGGAAAGAACCGUCGUCGUGGUAAAAACGAAAAUGAAUCGGAAAAGCGCGAGUUAAUCUUCAAGGAGGACGAACAGGAAUACGCACAGGUCACCAAAAUGCUGGGCAAUGGUAGAUUAGAGGCGAUGUGCUUCGAUGGCGUGAAACGACUUUGUCACAUCAGAGGCAAACUGAGGAAAAAGGUUUGGAUCAACCAGGGCGAUAUUAUCUUGAUCGGACUGCGCGAUUAUCAGGACUCAAAGGCGGACGUCAUCCUCAAGUACACUCCGGACGAGGCACGAAAUCUUAAGACCUACGGUGAGUUCCCGGAAUCGGUUCGCAUCAACGACACAGUCACAUUCGUCGACAAUGAUCUGGACGAUGAUAUCGAGUUUGGUGACGAGUACAGCUCCGAGGAGGAAGUCGAUGCCGUGGAUGCCAUAUGAUCGGCUAGCAAAAUCCACAGUAGCGGCAUCAACAACGGAUCAGCGAACGUUUGUAGCAGCAAGGGCAGUUAAAUUUUCUGCGAUAGUUUGUCAUUUGUUUAGAAUAUAUAUAUAUAUAUGACAACUAAAUUAUUAUAGCUAACAACAUCAACAGCUAGAUUUGGUGCCAGUGAAUUUAUUACCCAAUCACUGGAAAUCAUAAAACGAAACAGCAAAAUAUACAUGUAUUGUUUUAUCCGAUAAAUUAUUUCUGAACCCGAACGGAUUGUCUUUUCAACAUUCAAGAACGGAUUAUCUAGUGGCUGGGAAAAUUAACUAGCAUGAGAAAUAAUGAAAGCGUUUAAAUAGGAAGAAUAUUUCCUGCUUUAAGUUUUUUUUCUGAUAGGUCAUAUUUAGAAUCACACUUCCUAGUAAACACCAGAUUACUUGCACUCCAUUGUUUUAGACAGAAUUUUUUUUUUCUUUCCCAAGAUAAACCACUAAAAGUUUGUGAAAAUCCAAAAAAAUAGGAUGUAUCCUGUUAGUCUGUGCAGUGUCCCGCGAAACUCACUAUUAUCGCACGUGCUGAAUGGAUACAUUUAAAUGAAUUACAGAACAUCAACUGCAAACGUAAUUAGGACGUAGUUGUACUAUCGUUUCCGCAGGAAUAGUUAGCAAUAUAAUGGCACAUUAACCGCGAUCAUGGUAUUGUUUAUGAAUAAACAGGAGGGAGGGAGAAA